AUGACCACUACCAUUGAAGCAGUCAACAUCACCACGGAUUACAUACACUAUUCUGUGUAUGAUGAUAAUUACAAUGACUAUGAACCAUGCAGCAAAGAGGGAGUGAGGUACUUUGGUUCUUGGUACCUUCCCACCUUUUACUCGCUAGUGUUCCUGCUUGGCUUGGCAGGAAACCUCCUCGUCGUCUUGGUGCUGUUGAAAUACAAGAGGCUGAGAACCAUGACGGACAUCUACCUGCUCAAUCUUGCCCUCUCCGACUUGCUUUUUGUUUUUGCUCUUCCUUUCUGGGCUUAUUUUGUGGCUGAUAAGUGGGUGUUUGGAGAUAGUUUCUGUAAACUCAUCUCUUGGAUCUACCAGGUUGGCUUUUACAGCGGGAUCUUUUUUAUCAUGCUCAUGAGCAUCGACAGGUAUCUUGCCGUCGUUCACGUUGUGUUUGCUUUGAAAGCCAGAACCGUCCGCUACGGCACUCUUGCUAGCGUUGUCGUAUGGCUAGUUGCCAGCACAGCGGCCGUUCCAGACCUGAUAUUUAGCCAAGCGGUUAAUGAAUAUAACUAUACCAUGUGCAAACCUGUGUACCUGAAGAAUCACACGACAUGGAAACUUUUCAGUGUGUUGGAAACCAACAUUUUAGGCCUUCUUGUGCCAUUCAUAGUCAUGUUUGUUUGCUACACAGAGAUUGUCAAGACCUUGUUGCACUGCAGAAAUAAGAAGAAGAAGAAGGCUGUGAAGAUGAUCUUUGCCGUCAUGAUUGUGUUUUUUGUGUUUUGGACCCCUUAUAACAUUGCACUUUUCCUACAAUGUUUGGUGGAUAUAGGUAUUAUUACAGAAUGUCUAAUAAGCAAAAACCUGGACUAUGCAACACAGGUGACUCAAACACUAGCAUUUUUUCAUUGCUCUCUUAAUCCAGUUAUCUAUUUUUUUAUGGGGCAAAAGUUCAAGAAAUACAUCAAGCUGUUCUUUAAGAACUGUGUCUUUUCAAACACAUUUUUCAAACCUUGUGGAUUCCCUGAUACUUUCCACCCUGAGUCGUCAGGCUCACUCUACACUCAAUCCACAAGUGAUGAAGAGGCCCUCUGAAAAUCCUGAAAUAAUCUCUGGUAGAUUAAUCCCAAACAUAAUAAAGGAACUGACUGAAACUGUAAAAUACUUAAAUGAAAAUCAGACGCCAGGA